UCCAGGUGUUCUUAGUAGAGGUCUUCUAAGUAGAGGUGUUCUUAGUAGAGGUGUUCUUAGUAGAGGUGUUCUUAGUAGAGGUGUUCUUAGUAGAGGUGUUCUUAGUAGAGGUGUUCUUAGUCCAGGUGUUCUUAGUAGAGGUCUUCUUAGUAGAGGUGUUCUUAGUAGAGGUGUUCUUAGUAGAGGUGUUUUUAGUCCAGGUUUUCUUAGUCCAGGUGUUCUUAGUAGAGGUGUUCUUAGUCCAGAUUUUCUUAGUCCAGGUGUUCUUAGUAGAGGUGUUCUUAGUAGAGGUGUUCUUAGUAGAGGUGUUCUUAGUAGAGGUGUUCUUAGUAGAGGUGUUCUUAGUAGAGGUGUUCUUAGUCCAGGUUUUCUUAGUCCAGGUGUUCUUAGUCCAGGUUUUCUUAGUCCAGGUGUUCUUAGUCCAGGUUUUCUUAGUAGAGGUGUUCUUAGUCCAGGUUUUCUUAGUAGAGGUGUUCUUAGUCCAGGUUUUCUUAGUAGAGGUGUUCUUAGUCCAGGUGUUUUUAGUAGAGGUGUUCUUAGUCCAGGUUUUCUUAGUAGAGGUGUUCUUAUUUCAGGUGUUCUUAGUAGAAGUGUUCUUAGUAGAGGUGUUCUUAGUCCAGGUUUUCUUAGUAGAGGUAUUCUUAGUAGAGGUGUUCUUAGUAGAGGUGUUCUUAGUAGAAGUGUUCUUAGUCCAGGUUUUCUUAGUAGAGGUGUUCUUAGUCCAGGUUUUCUUAGUAGAGGUGUUCUUAGUGCAGGUGUUCUUAGUAGAGGUGUUCCUAGUCCAGGUUUUCUUAGUAGAGCUGUUCUUAGUUCAGGUGUUUUUAGUAGAUGUGUUCUUAGUCCAGGUUUUCUAAGUGCAAGUGUUCUUUGUAGAGGUGUUCUUAGUAGAGGUGUUCUUAGUAGAAGUGUUCUUAGUCCAGGUUUUUUUAGUCAGGUGUUCUUAGUAUAG